UGGAGCUCGCGGAGGUGCCGGCUUGGGACCGGACGCCGGUCGGCACGCAGGCUCCGGUCGCGGCCGCUUGGAACUUGCGGAGCGGUUCUGCAGCCAGUGCCUCGGCCUUCGGAUCCGGUGCGUCCGGCUGCGGGAGACCGGCUCGAGUGGGAGGCCGGCGGAGGUGCGGCGCGGCCCGGCCCGGCCCCGGGGCCGCAGCCUUCUCAGGCGCUCGCCGCCAGCCGCGCCUUCGCAGCGUACUCCAUGCAUCCGGAGCCUGCCCCGCCCCCGAGUCACAGCAAUCCGGAGCUUCCCGUGAGCGGCGGCAGCAGCACUAGCGGCAGCCGCCGGAGCCGCCGCCGCAGCGGGGACGGGGAGCCCUCGGGGGCCCCACCGCUGCCGCCGCCGCCACCCGCCGUCAGCUACCCGGACUGGAUCGGCCAGAGUUACUCCGAGGUGAUGAGCCUCAACGAGCACUCGAUGCAGGCGCUGUCCUGGCGCAAGCUCUACUUAAGCCGCGCCAAGCUCAAAGCUUCCAGCCGGACCUCGGCUCUGCUCUCCGGCUUCGCCAUGGUGAGCUCGGGCCUCCCUGCCCUCCUCCCCUCUUCCUGCUUCGGCCGCUCCCGCCCGCAGCCCCGACGGGGCCCACAGUUGGGAGCGGGCUGGGCGUGCCUGGGGUGAGGGGAAGAGCUGGGGAAAGCUGUCCUAGGCGCCGGAGGGGAGCCAGAGGCUGCUGAGCUGUGAGGGCGAGGUGGACGACCAGAGAUAGAGAUACCCACGCGCAGGUGUUUUUAGACGGGCACCUUGUCGCGGCAAAGAGGUUAGGGUUACAAAGAAUGUUGCUUUCAUGAAGUUGCUAUGUAAGAAGUCUGCCCUGCAUGUAAUCAGGGGGACAAGAAGGAUGCAAAAGGUCCAGCCCACUGAGGACAGGUGUCAGGAGAUGAAGAUGAGCUACAUUGUGGCCGCGCCUUCUCGCACACCUAAGGCCGGAAGGUAGCGAUGGUGGAAGUCCAGCUGGACACAGACCAUGACUACCCACCAGGGUUGCUCAUCGUCUUUAGUGCCUGCACCACAGUGCUAGUGGCCGUGCACCUGUUUGCCCUCAUGAUCAGCACCUGCAUCCUGCCCAACAUCGAGGCUGUGAGCAACGUCCACAACCUCAACUCGGUCAAAGAGUCACCCCACGAGCGCAUGCAUCGCCACAUCGAGCUGGCCUGGGCCUUCUCCACGGUCAUCGGGACGCUGCUUUUCCUAGCAGAGGUCGUGCUGCUCUGCUGGGUCAAGUUCUUACCUCUCAAGAGGCAAGCGGGACAGCCAAGCCCCACCAAGCCUCCCGCUGAAUCAGUCAUCGUCGCCAACCACAGCGACAGCAGCGGCAUCACCCCGGGUGAGGCGGCAGCCAUUGCCUCCACCGCCAUCAUGGUUCCCUGUGGCCUGGUUUUUAUCGUCUUUGCUGUUCACUUCUACCGCUCCCUGGUCAGCCAUAAGACGGACCGGCAGUUCCAGGAGCUCAAUGAGCUGGCCGAGUUUGCCCGCUUGCAGGACCAGCUGGACCACAGAGGGGACCAUUCUCUAACACCGGGCACCCACUAUGCCUAAGUCCUCACCUUCCCACUGGCCCUUUGAGGCCUUGGCCUUAUGCCCUUCUCCAUGACCUUGUCCUGGCCCAGUCCGGAGGACGGCCUGUGUAGGCAGCUGGCUUUGCCAGGGCAGAGUGUGGAAGGAAGAGGCUUUAAAAAAAAAAAAAUCACUGUACUUGGAGAUUUUCUUCUGUGAGAAUAAGCUUUCCCUGUUCUUCCAGCUGUCUGUCCCCCCUCCUGGUAGGAUGUGGGGGGUGGGGCGGGGAAUGGGGACAGUUGCUCUCUUUGUCCCUUCUUCUCCCCUGCACCAGUGCCACCCGGAUGCUUCCUGUCCUGCCCUCAAACUCCUUACUCCUUAGCCAAGUGUGUGUGUGCGUGUGUGUGUGUGUGAGAGAGAAUAUGUAUGUGCGCACAUGUCUCCUCUCUGUGCGUGUGUGUACAUGCAUGUGUGUGCAAGUGUGCAUGCACACUUGUAUGUACACAUAAAAUAUAUUCACAAGGGACACCUCUUCCUCAUGUCUGUGUUUGUUGGGUCUAGACUGCCUGAUCGGAUGGCCCAGUCAGGUGAGUCACUAAACACCAGUCUUUUUAAAAAUUGAGAGGAAAUGGCUCGGGGACAAAACACUAACCUGUCAUGGUCAAAGCCCUAGGAUUAGUCCAACAGCUGUAAAAAACUGUGUUGCUGGGGCUAGAACCCAGGAAUUUGACAAGCACUCUCCCACUGAAUUCUACUCCAAGACCUGUAACUUUGGAAAAUUUCUACUCAAAAGAAACCUUCAGGGAUACUAA